UUCAAGAUGGCGGACUCCAUGAUUCGUUAGAUUAUUUUCAGAAACUGUUUAUGUUAUUUUGUUUAUUAGAUUUCAUAAGCCAACAAAUGUUAUCAGAUAUAUAAUUCAACAUUAUUUCAAAUUGGAUAUCUCCAGAAUAUAUAAGAUAAGUGUAAUGACAAGAUGAAAUCUAAGAAGACUGAUAAGCGAUGGCAGCCACUACUACUGUAGAACAGAAAGGUUCCCACCAUUUGAGAUGUCGAUCACUGCCAGUCAUUCCUCGGGCAGCAACAUCGGGGGUGUUGCCAGACCAACAUCUGCCACAUCUGAUACAGGCUCGGGGCUAAUCCCCCCACCCCCACCAGAGCCGAGUAGACCUAGAACACAGAAAGAAGAGGAUGAAGAAGCAUUUAAAGAGCUGUGUGCAAGCAAUGGACUCAACCACAACAAGAUUCAGAGUGGCGAGCAGUGUACAGCGGAGGUCGUGGAGAUGUUUUUCUCCGGCUACCCCAGGAUUGUGUACAUGGACAAAUUUCCAUGUCUCCACACGCUGGUGCUUAUGUCGCAAAGCAUCAGUAAAAUUGAGGGCCUGGCCGCCCUCACCGGACUCAAGGAGCUGUGGAUAAGUGAAUGCCAACUUAAGAAAAUUGAAAAUUUGGAAGCCUGUACCCAGAUUACAAAACUGUACCUGUAUGGAAACGAAAUUCCAAAAAUAGAAAACAUUAGUCACCUAACACGUCUUCAGAUUUUAUAUUUGAACAACAAUUGUAUAAAGAAUAUUGAGAAUUUAGAAAAGCUGAAGAUGCUUGAAGUAUUGAAUUUGGCAGAAAACCAGAUUGAUAAAAUAGGCCACUGCUUAGAUGCUAAUCAGAAAAUUAAAGACCUGAAUUUGUCAGGAAAUCCUAUUUCAUCUCUCAGGGAGUUGACCCACUUGAUGCGCCUGCCAGAGUUACAGUCCUUGAACUUGAAGGACCCUCAGUUUUGCCCUGCCCCUGUCAGCCUACUGUGUAACUACUCCACGCAUGUCUUAUAUCACUUACCCAACAUCAGCAAACUUGACACUUACGAUGUCAGCAAGAACGUGUGUGAGCUAGCAGAGGCCACGGUACUGAAGAAGAAGAUGUACUACAACAUGAGAGUGAAAACGAUAAAGCGCAACAUGGCUGAUGUAGCAGCCAAGAUGGAGAUCUACAAGUCCCGACUGUUAGAGUUUCCUCAUGAGAGACUACGUAAUCUCGUGAACUGUGUCAAAGAAGUGCGUAGAGAAUUUGAAGAUUUGAUGCUGGAAACAAUAGAUAUAUCAGUGUUCAGUGACCUUGACCCUGACGGCAAUUUGUUAUUGGUUCAGGAAUUAGAGGAGGAGAGUAAGCUACAGAAAUUAGACGAAAAUGGAGAAUUUACUGUCAAGAUGAACUCCCUCAAAGACAGAAUGAAGAAAUGGGAGAGAAGAAUUGCAGAAGUUGAAAGUUACCAACAAGAGGCAGUGUCCAGGAUAGAGAUACAGGCGGAGUCUGUGAUGAGGAGAAUGGCCAUUGAGCUGGAGUCCGGAGGCAAUGUUCGCUUUGAGGAAGGGAUAACGUCAGAUGUUUGGUUCUCAUCCUGCCAUGACUUGGUGCUAUCGCGCUUCUGUGCGACGGAUUACAGAGAAUAUGGAAUCGCAGGUAUCAAGAUUCACCGGAUUCUGCGUGUCCACAAUCGGAUGCUCAGGAAGCGGUUUGAUGACAAACUGACAGGGAUUGUUGAUAACACUGAUGGGGAGUACUUUCCUAGCAACAGGAACACUACACACAAGAAGCUUCUUGAGUACCUCUUCUGGAUUUGGGACCCUAACUUACCGGGCGGGAUCCACGAAACAACUCGAGUCGUGGAGGAAGGGUUCAUGGACUCCAUGUCAUAUAAGGCUCUAGGACGUGAUGGAUCUAUCCCACUCAGUAACAGCCUAAGUCUAGCAGACAGACAUCGGGUCAAUUCUCUGAUGAAAGAAAGCAAAGAAAAGGAGCACAAAGACGCCUGUCCAUUCAGAUACGGUCACUUGGUCAUAUCAAAAGUCUUUCUGGGUAAAAGUGUCAAGGCUAUUGAUGACAGACCAAUAAUAAAAUCAAACUACCCCAAAAUAGAUGCUGUCUUUAAACCCCGCAAGAUGUGUAUCCCACCAAGUGGAGGAGACUCUUUACACAGCUGUGAGUGUAGUGCUCGGCAGUGCGAGUGGUAUCUGUUUGAUAAUGAGCUCAUUUUACCUGAGUAUAUUGUGGAGUAUGAAUACGUCACUAAGUUCCGGUCAAAGUCACCUUUUGCGACCUUCACUGAUCUCAGCUUAGACAACAGAGAAUCCAAAAUCCCGUCUGUGCCUCAUGCAGAUGACGAUCCCUCAUUGGAUGAUGAUGUUCUAGGAAUGGAACCACUUUUAAAACCGAGACCAAGGCUGACGAUGUUAAACGAGGAAUUACUGAUGAAGCAUGUGAGCGUUGAUUCUUUGGAGGCCAUUACUGUGUUGAACCUUCACAACAAUGGGAUCAGUAAACUAAAACCCAUGCAGUCCUUGUCUCACCUUAGACGCUUGACGGUCAGCUUUAACGAACUCUGUAGACUGGACGAGGUGGCCAGCAUGGGAUUGGAGUAUCUUGAUGCCAGUUUUAAUCAAAUCUCUUCAUUGGAUGGAUUAAAAAACAUGGUGAAAUUGAAGUUUUUUGACUUGAGUUGGAACAAGCUGGCAAACACAAGAGAAGACCUAUCCAUCUUACGGAAGCAUGCUUGCAACUUACUGACCCUAGACCUUAGAAACAAUCAAUGGCUGAAGCCUCAGAAUAUAAGACUUCGCGUGAUUGGACGAUUGAAGUCGUUGACCCUCUUAGAUGGGUCAGCGGUAACAGAACAUGAGGCCACGGCAGCAUUACGUGUGGCAGCUGGGUCUCGUAUCUGUCAGCUGUCACUCCUCACACACGCUCGAGUGGACUCCCACAAACCACGCUCACUUAGUCUAAUGCCUACUGCUGAGAUCCUAGAGAAACAGAGUCAUCACCGGCCUGAGAAACUUGGUGAAACAGAUACACAUUGGUACCAGAAGGUGACUUCAUUGUUUCUGAACAGUCAGCAUAUCACCAAACUGUCUGGAUUAGAGAGAUUGGAAAACCUUAAAUAUGCUUCAUUUAAUGGCAACGACAUCACAAAAAUAGAGGGCUUGGACCACUGUGGGAGAUUAGAGGAACUCUCCCUGGAUAACAACUGUAUCAGCAGACUGGAGGGGAUCUCUAAGCUGACUCAGCUGAGGAGGCUGUGUUUGGCUUGUAACUUUAUCAGCACGCUGGAGAACUCGGGGAUACACUACCUGGGACACCUGACCUAUCUGUCAUUGGAGGGCAACAGACUCUCCUCACUGCUAGGCCUACAGAAAAUGUCUACCCUGGUGGAGCUUUAUGUGGGCAACAACCUCAUCUGUAGUGUCAGGGAAAUCUUCUAUCUCAAGAUGCUGUCCAAUUUAGUCAUACUUGACCUGUUUGGGAAUCCUGUUGCCACAGAAACAGACAACUACAGACUUUUCAUCAUUUAUCAUCUCAAAAACCUCAAAGCAUUAGAUGGAUCUGCAAUAGAAGCUAUGGAGGGAAAUCUUGCCAAGGACACUUUUGGUGGUAGACUUACACCAGACUUCGUAGCGGAGAAGUUAGGACAUUCCAACUUCCAGGACGUGCGGGAGUUAGACCUUCCGAACUGCUCUAUCCGUAUUGUAGAUCUGGGUAUAGGGGAUACGUUCCUCAAUCUUAGAAGUGUGAAUUUAGAACACAAUAAUCUGAGUUCAUUCAGCGGGUUAGUUCACUUGCCAAACAUAAGGGUGCUGUGUUUGAAUCACAAUCAUAUUGAGUGCAUUAUGCCAAAACAGAAACCGGUUAACAAAAUGUCCAAGCAAGGCUCCAGCAAAAGUCUGGAAUUUUUCUCCAAUGACACAUCUACCCCUAUCAUGGAGAGCUUGGAGGUGCUACACUUAGGAUAUAAUGGAAUUAAGGAUAUGUCUAUUCUACAGCUCAGUCGACUGACUUCACUCAAGGCUUUAUUCCUACAAGGAAAUGAGAUAUCAAAAGUGGAGGGAAUGGAGGGACUACAUGAUCUCAGGGAACUGGUUCUGGACAGGAACAAAAUUAAAGUCAUCACAGAGCUGUCAUUUGCCAAUCAAUGGAACCUGCAGGAACUCCACAUCGAGGAGAACAGAGUGCGGGAAUUAAGCUACCUUAAUUGUAUGGAUAAUCUGCAGCGCUUGUACAUGGGCUCAAAUCGCGUUCAGGAAAUUUCUGAGCUGGAGAAGUUGGAAGGAUUAAACAAUUUGAUUGAGAUUUCUCUAGUCAACAACCCAGCUGCCAGGCGACACCUACACCGUCCUAUUCUGGUGUUCAAGCUGAAACAGAUGAUGAUCAUUGACGGUAUACCAGUGAGCGAGGAGGAGAGAGGGAAGGCGGAGCUCUAUUUCAUGGAUCAGCAGGUUGUUACAACACAACCUUCUACCAGUGAAAGUUCUCUGCCAGGAAUCCACCAGAUUAAGACUCAGGUCCCAGUCAAAGUAACCACAAUGCACCUGGGUACCUCCCCCCUGUGGAAUGGUGGUGUUCUGUAUGAUGACAGUGCUCAGGACGCCAUUCAGAGAGGUGGUGGUCGUAGAAGAGGAACGGGCAAAGACCCCACUCCUCCCCCAAACCAAGGCAUGAUGAACCGCGCCAACACUAUGGUAUACAACCCCACAAACACUGGCUAUGGGGGCUUUUCAUACACCAGCAAUUCGGUAAACUCGGGAGCACGGUCGCAGUUUUAUCUCAAUCAAAUUCCUUAUGUUCAGCCUCCCUCCCAGACAGAGUAUGUUGAGUGGUUUUCAAGUGACUUAAAACUUACUUCACAGAUGAAAUGAUUUAUGUGGGACACUGAAAAUGGAGCACAUUUGAAGUAUCUAAUAUUUGAAAUCUGCCUUCCUCCAUCUUGAACUUUUCUUAACUAUACUGAUGUACUAACAGAUCUGUAAAAUUUGUAGAGAGAGCUUCUUCAGAUACGCUGAAUACAAAGUGGAUUGCUGGAAUUUGAUCGAUAGAUUUAUAUGGUGUUAAACCCCGAUUUGGUCAUAUUUUCGGCCGUGAAAAAAAUACAUUCACUUUAUGACAAAUGAUGGGUUAAAUCAUGACAAACCUUCCUUUCACAAGCGCCAACUGUUGUGUCAAAUAUAAUCUUUACUCCUGCUGACCUUGUUCUUGUCAAAUGACCUUGAACUGGAUUCAUGACACACUUUGAAGUCAAUGUAACAGUGGCUCUACAUGUAAUACCAGUUUCUUUAUACAUGUAUAGACGUAGCUAAAGCAUUUAUUACGAUACAAAUGUCACAAAAUUCUUUUGGAAACAUGUUUCCCCAACUACCCCUUUUGUCCUUGAAUUUUUCACCAUAAUUGCACAUUAAGCACUAAGAACAUCAUGCAGUCUUUAUUGAAGGCUUAACAGUCAUAAGACCAUCAUCCGUUAUGCUUAACGUUUCAUAAUGCAAUUUUUUUAUCAUCAUUAACGUGUUGACUUUAGUGUGGCAUUGAAACAAAAACAAACCAAAACUAAUAACAUAUAGAAAGUUCAUGUAAAGCGUAAAUGGUAAUUGAUUAAGGACACUGAAUUCAAAUUAUUAAUUAUUCCACAAUUCUUUGACAUGGCCUCUAGUUGCCAUGAUUCAUAAGACUGGCAGUGAAGGGGAAAUCGUUUUCAUUCAUAGAAUUGAAUGAGCUAGCUUUAUUGUUUGCAUUUAAUCAGUGAUAGCAAACUAAACACAUUGUCAAGAAAAAUACCUUUUUUAUAUAAAAUGCUGUUUCCAUUGCCAGUCUUAUGAAUCAUUUAUGGAUAUCAUAUGCUUUCUGCAUACUAUGAAUUCUGCUUUUCUGAGAUUUUUCAAUAAACUGUAUCUGUUAUGGGCAGCAUCCAUUGUUGCUCUUUCAUGCUUUUUAUGUGUUGCAGGCUUUGGGAAAUGUGCACUUGAACAAUUUUUUAUUGUAGCUUUAUGCUGUACAGAUAAGUUCCGAAUACAUUUAUUGUGCUUUUUUGAUCAAAACUAUUUUUGAAUAAAAUGAUACUGGAACUGAAAAAGAAAGCUUGUCCCAAAUCAUUUAUGCAACAUGUGAUAAUUUAAAAGACAAAUUAAAACAAAAUAUAGGGAAAGCACAACUUCAGUGCUCAGUCUCAAAUUGUACAUUUGUUACAUAGCUGUGCUGAAAAUGAAUUGAUCUUGUCUUUUAUACAUACUUGAACUAUUGUAGAAAGUGAGAUGAAAUUCAUUUUUUAUUCAAACUGUCUCCUUUUCUUCAUUUCAGGAUAAACCAAGCCAAAAAUAACCGGAGGUAGACUUUUUCUGUUUACAUUAGUAAACAGAAACAUUACACCGGCUGACCCAGACGGAGUGAUCGGAAUACAAGCCUGAUUUUAUGAUAGUGAUGCUCAUUUUGUUUGGAGUAAAACCACUGGCUAUGGAUGUUGUGAUAAACAUUUUAUAUUUGCAUAACAUUGCCCUGGGUCCUUCACCAUUGAUCUGUGAUUUGUGUCAAUCAAAGCCUUAGAAUACCUGAUUUAUUUUUGCAGUCUAUGAUAUUGACGUGGAGAAUCCCAGUGUGCCGAUACUGUGAUAAACUAUAAUGACGGUAUAAUUGCAUGAUGCCGUUGUGCUGGUUCCUAGUAUACAGAUAGUAGAUAAGUAGAGACAUUUAAAAUAAAUGUGUGGGACCUGUAAUUCUCUAUACAGUAAUAGGACUGAGUUAGCAUGGAAAUUGAAAUGGAUUUUUUCUUUAUUGUGUUCACACUAAUCAAAUGUUUCAGUCUGCUGUAUUCUCACUCCAAGCCAUUUUAUACAACUUAAUCCUUUACAAUCUGUCUCCCAGUCAUUUUAAAUCCAUUCAUUGAAUCAAUUUAUCUUCGUCAAGUUCAUCUUUUUAAACACACAAGACUGAAACAUAACACUGCAGGAUCUUGCUUUUGCUAUUUUAUUUCUCUCGAGUGCAAUUGUAUCACCAUAAAUCAAAUAUUGCAGGGAGGCAGAUUUUCUACAUAAUUUCUUUACUCAGACACUUUUAAAAUUAAUUGCAUAAUUUUUUUUAAAGGAAAAUAUUAAGUGUGUAGCAGGUAUUAAGGUGUUGAUGUAAUGGGUGGCCUUAAAGAUUUGCUAUUUUUUUAAGGGAAGUGAAAUAUUUACAUAGUUUUAGAAUGAUCUUUUUUAAGUGAAUCAUAAACUUUAAGAAGACUUUGGGUGCCCUAUGCAAACUUUACCUAAACAUUACAAGUGUUAGAUUUGUAUGUAUACAGCAUAUUUCUUGCUGCCAUCACAUAUUAAAGAUAUCAGACAAGUCAAUUGGUUGUAUAUUUAAGGUAAUGUAUGUUUAGAGAGAGUGAGAGAGCAAAAGAAAAACUGUUUUAUCUUGUGUAUGCUGUUACUAGUAAUUGAAAGUUGCCUGUGGAAUAUUUAAUAUAUGAUUAGAGAAUUU